GUAUUCAAACCGCGAGCUGCAGGUAGAGGGCUGGGUUAGGGGAUAACGAUCGAACCUUUGAUGAAGCAGAGCCAUUUAAGUAAGUUGCUAAAUUAUUAAGGACAUUUUUAUUAUCGUUAAAAUUGUAUAUAAGUUGUUCCCCCACCCCACCCCAAAUUGUACCAAAAAUCACUAGUAAUUUUAGGUGAUUGUUUUAAUAACUUUUUUUUAAAAAAAGGCAAUUUAAUCAUGUGUGUGUGGGUGACAAAGUGAAACUUUUCCCACGGCAUAAACAAAAUGAUAUUUUUUUAAAAAUUAUUUUGGUAGAAGUAUGCUAAAGUAAAGUGUUUUUUUAAAGUACAUCUUUGUUUCUUACUUUGUAGUCGUUGUAAGCCUGAGAUCUGUGGAUUCACUCACUGCGAAUUAUGCUAACAUGUCUUCAAAUGUGUUAGGAUAAUUUAAAUUGCGUUAGCAUGUCUUAAAUUGUGGUAACAUUUCUUAAAUUGUGUUAGCAUGCCUUAAAUUGUGAUAACAUGUCUUAAAUUGUGUUAGCAUGUCUUAAAUUGUGAUAACAUUUCUUAAAGUGUGUUAGCAUGCCUUAAAUUGUGAUAACAUGUCUAAAAUUGUGUUAGCAUGUCUUAAAUUGUGAUAACAUGUCUUAAAUUGUGACAACAUGUCCUAAAGUGUGAUAACAUGUCUUAAAUUGUGUUAGCAUGUCUUCAAUUGUGUUUGCAUGUCUUAGAUUGUGUUAGAAUGUCUUAAAUUUUAAUUGUGUUAACAUGUUUUAAAUUGAAUUAACAUGUCUUCAAUUUAAAUUAUCCAUGCUACCGGUACAUACUUUUUAGACCCUGGAUUUUUAUAGAUAUUUUUUGUUUAAUCGGGAGAUGGCGUCAUUCUUCAAUAUUUUAUAAUGGAUGUUAAAUAUCAAUCGUCAUGAUGGCGCCAUUCAUAAUCUUGGACUAUAGUCAACGGCGUCAUGACGGAGUCCGACAUUGUUUCCGAUCAUGUCAUAAGACAUCAGCCAUCUCCAAAUUUCCAAAUGGUUUCCGAUGUCCUUGUUUCCAGUGACGUCUCAACUGUAAUGGUAUCGUUAGACAAGUCCACACUUUGUCAGUGGCGUAGCGAGGGCGUUUGACGCCCGGAGACAAGAUUCGCGCCCGGGGACAAGAUCCAUUUUAACGCGCCCCCUUUUCUUUUUUCCCACUCUCAAACCCAUUAUUUUUACCAAUAAUAUAAUAUCAAAUCACAUUUUGGCGCCCCUAACUAGCUUGCGCGUGGGGACAUCUGUCCCCCCUGCCCCCCCCCCAUCGCUACGCCUCUGCACUGUGUGUAUUGAUUCUGAGCCCGCUGCCUAAAUCCAAUAAUGUGGUGCUUCUAAUCGGUGUUGUGAAAACAUUGCUGUUCUGAAGAUUAACACCAGGGAUUUGUUCGGCCAUUUGAGGCUUAUCCUUAAAACGAAUGUCACUGAUAAACUCUCCGAUUACAACACCGGGGGAAUGUUCCAAUUAAAACCUUUUUAAAGGCGAAUACAAAUAUAAAAGUACAGUAUCUUUAUGAAAGGAUAGUACAGCCUGUUAGCGCGGCAAACUUGGAACAUAACUUUUCAGAUGUCUCAGGUGAGGACAUUUCUUUAAACAUAACUGUUCAGGGAUGUUGCAGGCAUAGACAUGUAUAUCGUGGAAAAAAAUAAUUUUCUACGAAAAUCAUGGACUGGGAACAUAUACGCCAUUCAUCGUUAGGUGUUUAUUAUGAGUCCCGAAGAGGGGCUCAAAGGGCAAAAGACCCCAGGCCUCAUUAAACCUCUGUGAGUCCCUCCGUGCUGGAAUGGUUCAUUUAUCAUUUCUUAAGUAUCGUGUCCAUAGAUAUUGUCAUGGGUGUUUUCGUUUGUCCCACGUAAUGUCAACCCCCUGCUUUGUGCUAUGUCUCCAACCCCCUGCUUUGUGCUAUGUCUCCAAUCCCCUGCUUUGUGCUAUGUCUCCAAUCCCCUGCUUUGUGCUAUGUCUCCAAUCCCCUGCUUUGUGCUAUGUCUCCAACCCCCUGCUUUGUUCUGUCUCCAAUCCCCUGCUUUGUGCUAUGUCUCCAAUCCCCUGCUUUGUACUAUGUCUCCAAUCCCCUGCUUUGUGCUAUGUCUCCAAUCCCCUGCUUUGUGCUAUGUCACCAAUCCCCUGCUUUGUGCUAUGUCUCCAAUCCCCUGCUUUGUGCUAUGUCUCCAACCCCCUGCUUUGUACUAUGUCUCCAAUCCCCUGCUUUGUGCUAUGUCUCCAAUCCCCUGCUUUGUGCUAUGUCUCCAAUCCCCUGCUUUGUGCUAUGUCUCCAACCCCCUGCUUUGUGCUAUGUCUCCAAUCCCCUGCUUUGUGCUAUGUCUCCAAUCCCCUGCUUUGUGCUAUGUCUCCAAUCCCCUGCUUUGUGCUAUGUCUCCAAUCCCCUGCUUUGUGCUAUGUCUCCAAUCCCCUGCUUUGUGCUAUGUCUCCAAUCCCCUGCUUUGUGCUAUGUCUCCAAUCCCCUGCUUUGUGCUAUGUCUCCAAUCCCCUGCUUUGUGCUAUGUCUCCAAUCCCCUGCUUUGUGCUAUGUCUCCAAUCCCCUGCUUUGUGCUAUGUCUCCAAUCCCCUGCUUUGUGCUAUGUCUCCAAUCCCCUGCUUUGUGCUAUGUCUCCAAUCCCCUGCUUUGUGCUAUGUCUCCAAUCCCCUGCUUUGUGCUAUGUCUCCAAUCCCCUGCUUUGUGCUAUGUCUCCAAUCCCCUGCUUUGUGCUAUGUCUCCAAUCCCCUGCUUUGUGCUAUGUCUCCAAUCCCCUGCUUUGUGCUAUGUCUCCAAUCCCCUGCUUUGUGCUAUGUCUCCAAUCCCCUGCUUUGUGCUAUGUCUCCAAUCCCCUGCUUUGUGCUAUGUCUCCAAUCCCCUGCUUUGUGCUAUGUCUCCAAUCCCCUGCUUUGUGCUAUGUCUACAAUCCCCUGCUUUGUGCUAUAUCUCCAAUCCCCUGCUUUGUUCUGUCUCCGAACCUCUGCUUUGUGCUAUGUCUCCAAACCCCUGCUUUGUACAAUGUCUCCAAACCCCUGCUGUGUUCUGUCUCCAAACCCCUGCUUUGUGCUAUGUCUCCAAACCCCUGCUUUGAGCUAUGUCUCCAAACCCCUGCUUUGUUCUGUCUCCAAACCCCUGCUUUGAGCUAUGUAUCCAAACCCCUGCUUUGUACAAUGUCUCCAAACCCCCGCUUUGUUCUAUGUCUCCAAACCCCUGCUUUGAGCUAUGGCAAAGUUUAAACAACUGAACUCUACCCACAUCGCUCUCUCUCCCUCGUCCCGUUUUAUAGCACCACCCAACUUUAGGCCCAAAAGAAUUUUUUUUUUUCUUCCAGUUCCGGCCCGUUAGGUGAACAUUGAAAUGGCGAACAGGACCGAGAAGCGCUCUUCGUGUUUUUAUUUAGCGAUCUCGUGAACCUCGUGCCAAUCAAUACCCGUCGUCAUUGGUUGAGCUUUAUCGUCUGCUCUUGUCAUUUCAGUUGCUCUUUGUUUGGUUUUUAAACCGAGCCCCGAUUUAAAUGAGGCGAAUUUCAGGAUACGUACUUCUGAUGGAUGUACCGUAUUUAUUGAAAGUAUUAGGUUUUUUGGGCUUGGGUUAUAACGGUUAUGAUGAUAAAAGUAGAUGUUUGGGUUGUGAAGGUAAAAGUAGAUGGUUGGGUUGUAAAUGUAAGAGUAGAUGGUUGGGUUGUGAAGGUAAAAAGUAGAUGGUUGGGUUGUGAAGUAAAAGUAGAUGGUUGGGUUGUCAACGUAAGAGUAGAUGGUCGGGUUCUGAAGGUAAGAGUAGAUGGUUGGGUUCUGGAGGUAAGAGUAGAUGAUUGGGUUGUGAGGGUAAGAGUAGAUGGUUGGGUUGUGAAGGUAAGAGUAGAUGGUUUGGUUGUGAAGGUAAGAGUAGAUGGUUGGUUUCUGAAGGUAACAGUAGAUGGUUGGGUUGUGAAGGUAAGAGUAGAUGGUUUGGUUGUGAAGGUAAGAGUAGAUGGUUGGGUUGUAAAGGUAAGAGUCGAUGGUCGGGUUCUGAAGGUAAGAGUAGAUGGUUGGGUUGUAAAGGUAAAAGUAGAUGGUUGGGUUCUAAAGUUAAGAGUUGAUGGUUGGGUUCUGAAUGUAAGAAUAGAUAGUCGGGUUCUGAAGGUAAGAGUAGAUGGUUUGGUUUUGAAGGUAAGAGUAGAUGGUUGGGUUCUGAAGGUAAGAGUAGAUGGUUGGGUUGUGAGAGUAAGGGUAGAUGGUUGGGUUCUGAGGGUAAUGGUAGAUGGUUGGUUUCUGAAUGUAAGAGUAGAUGGUUGGGUUAGGGUUAGAUGACAAGUUAAAGUGAAUAUCAGACAAUAUAAAACUAUAGACAUGUAGCAGAUGUCAUGGGUUGGACUUUCUAAUUGAAAAAUUAAACUAUAAGUCUCCACCAUUUCCGUCGCAUCAUUUCAAUGGAAACAAUAGAUUCAAUUGUUGAUUCCUCCCUCUCCGGAAGGUGAUUAAGACCAAUGCCAAGAAGCACACUAUGUUAGUUUUGUGGAGUUUUUCCCGUACAAGUUCAGGUUUUGACACCACCACCCCCCACCCCCCAAAUCUCUCUCCAUGUAGUUGUUCUGUGCCAGUUCCUUUGGGUCUACCGCGGUGUCGUAUUCGCUGAGCUGUCCGUCAAAAUGUCGGUGGGGAAAGCGAGGGUGGCGGCACCCUACUUACGUCACCAAGCCAUCUCCCACACGCGCCUAAAUCGUUUCCAUGCGUGAAAUAUAGCGUUACAUUUUCUCACCCCUCAAAAAAUUAUAAUAUUUCACUCUCUGAGAUAACUUCUACUUGUUCAUUUACAUUUAUCAUUCCAGCCGCAAAUCGUUCGGGAAAGUAAGAUGGCCGACUUUGUGGUAGCAGGCGUCGACAGUGUCACAGAGGGCAACCCAACCUUUGUACGGGAAGUAGGUGACAGGGCCAGCAGAAUUAACGGUUCCAUCACAUCUGGCCCCACAACGUCUGUCUACUUCGGGUCACGUUUAGAGACGAGCAACGGAGAUGCUAAACCUGCCGGCGGUAACCUUGGAGUGUGCAAUUUUGGGGGAUCGCAUUCAAACUCUGCACCGCAUCACGGACAUAGGAGUCGCGGUACAGCUAACUUGAUGGAAGAUGUCAGCGACCACAGAAACGUUUACAGGACGUAUAAAGAAUACAUUGGUUUUGGCAACGUCAACAGAGAGGGUGUGCAAGAGACGUUCAAUGUAAGAGAUCAAGCAACGAACACAAACAUAGAAGGUGUGCCGGACCACGCUGGGGGUCAGAAAAUGUUGCUGAAUACAGUCACUGGGGGAGACGAAGCCGAAAGAACAGAAACUAUCGAGUCAUUUGAAAGUGAAGGUUCUCAAACGUUUCACGACGACGGCCCGCGAAAUAACGGUGAAAUCCACAUUUAUGAGCACCCCACUGGACACGGUCGUGAUCCAGACUUAUAUGUACAUCCAUCCCAUGACCAUUUGAAUGUACCACCAUCCCAUGACCAGCUACAUGAACCGUCUGUUGGAACUGAUGAGACCAAGUGGGUAGUCACAGAUGCUUUAGCUAAUGUAAGGGGAGCCGGCUCCGUGAAUAAACCCCAGAUCCUUAGAGGCACGCCGAGUCUGACAUCAAUCCACAUAACUCAGAUCAAAGUUAUGCCUAGGCCACCGAGUCGUGUGGGCAGCAGAGAAGACCAUGGUCCGAGUCGUGUGGGCAGCAGAGAAGACGGUGGUAAACGAAAGCGAACACAAAACACCAACCAUCAAGAUACUGAACCGGACAUAACCAUCAAGAAAGACGGAGAACUUCGCGACGAUGCCAUCAAAGGGAAUGGUUUUGAGGUCGACGGCACAAAUUGUAAGCAAGGGCAGUCAGUGAAAUCAUUAAUGGGUGACACAUUCGAUUUAGGUCAGAAGGAUAUGGAUUCACAAUUGCUGGACAAAAAAGAACAAAACGGGAAUGAAGAUGUUUCCCAAAAUAUAAAUAUUGCACAACAGUUCAGCUUAGCUGUAGUCACAACUCCAUCACCAACGAAAACGCCGGGAGCUGAUGUAACCAGUUCAACUCUUGGCAAGAAGAAUCAGGUGACUAAUAAAAUGAUCAGAGCAGCAUCGUGCGUUCCAUGUUCGCUUUCGGUUUCGAAAAAACCUCGACCAAAAACCAGCAGUUUGAAGUCCAGCGCCAGAGUUCCGUGUGACGUUCGUCAUCUCAGUGCCACAGCCCUUCACAUCAACCAAGAUGUGUAUAACGCUUACGCCAGGGCGACGCCCCCUCGGGGACCAUUGUCUCGCCAAAAUUCACUUCCGGGCCCGGGGCAGCACAAGCCGUUCAUCUCGAUCUACGACAGGCCUUUCUCGCGCCGAGAACUGAGACAGGCAUUGCCAAGGAAAAGUUUCUUCAGCUGCCACGAUAAGGCUCUGAAAGAGGUCGAGCUCCCGGUGACCGACUCGCCAAUAAGAUCAAAACCUGGCCAAAGAAAAACACAGCUGGACUAUCAAGCCGGAGAAUCGGCUCAGUCCUUUCUAAAAGUGGCCGACCAUACCCCAGAAAUCGGAUCUCAGCAAAUCUCGACUUGUUUAGAAGAAAGCAAAACCAGAACAUCGUUAGAAAGAAGUAACGAUGUGAAUGCUUCGAAGGAAGCGACGGGCACACCAGCCACCGACAGCGACGACAUCACUGCAAACGGCAGUAAAGAAGUCUUCCACGUGGGAGAGUCGGAGGUUUUCAAAAGUCCGACACCCAUAUUCCAAAAGCGUAAACCCCAAAGUGCCAAGUCAGGUGGGGUGGCGUGCACGCCGCUGACCGAAUAUCUUGAGUAUGUCAAAGAGAACCGUCAGGAGUUCCUCAAAUACCAGGAGUCCUUGAAACGAGAGUCCCCCGCCAACACAAGGUUAAUUAAACUGGGUCAAGUUUACGCACUUCGUCACCAGGGAGGCGUCGCACGUCGAGGAUGCGACGAUGUUCUAGUGCUGGCCGCCAAAACGUUGAGACCACGCUCCGAACAGGUCAACAGGCAAAAAGAACCGGUCGUCAGGUCUGCGGGCUCCUACCGUAAACCUAGCCGCAUGAACCUGGACGACAGGCGGCCUCGUGAGAAGAUGCCCGCCCCUGGUGCGGCCGUCAGGGAGGAUGAGUUCGGGAAGUCGGAGCUGGAGAGGCGAAAGGCCAGGGCCGAGGAGUGGGCGUGGUCUAUCUCCAGCCACAAAUUGGCCAAAGCCAAACUCGAAAGUUUAAGAGAGCUCGGGUCAGAGGACCGUGAACUGACAGCUUGGUGGGAGGAGUUCAAAGACUGCCAGUACUUGAGGACCGUGCAUGCUUGAUUUAAUGUUGAAAACCAGAAUUGGUGAGCACGAAGGGAGUGUAUCUAUAUGUUUACACUAUGUACACUCUGUAUAUAAGAAGGGGGUGUGUUUUUAGAGAUAUAUUUACAUUAUUUUUACAAGCAGUGAAUGUGCCUAAUUUAAACGUCUUGAUCCUGUAGUGUUAAUGAUUGUAAUUUGGUUGGGGCACCACCCAACUGUCAUAAUAAUUAAAUACACGGAUUGUAUUGUUAAGAUUUCUGGCCAUCUGAUGGCUAUUCACAUUAUAAAUUGUGAGAUUUCUGGCCAUCUGAUGGCU